ACGAACUUAGGCACAAACAACCCCACUUUAAUGGACAUCGCGAAAUGCGGACUCCCCGUGCAGCCGGUUUCAUUGCGUCCUUCAAGGUUACGCCUCUUGAAAUAUUCCGCGUGAACAAAGGCCCUAGCAUUUUUCUCAGAGAAUGGGCUGCUUUUCCACCCCAGCGAUUCACCAUCUUCGAUCUACAUACAUACGAGGGAAAGGUGCUCCCCAAGGCCCUAAAUAAAGCUACCUACCAAUUGCCGAAUGGUGCCUCGAUGCGCCCGAACGGGCGGUAUCAACAAGCCUUAGUCCGACGGCUGGCGGGAAGGGAUUGGAUUGUUUAUUCUAUACCUAAAGAUACACCCCUUCCCGAGGAAUUGAUCUUGGUCCAUGAGCAUACAGAUCACUACUCUAUGCAACCAGCUAUCGAGAUGAGUCUUGAAGAUCUUAACCAGCAAGUAACACAGUUCCUGCAGACAAAUGGAACUCUUUAUACCACGGAGCAUUGGCUCUCAACAUAUAAGCUACCCUCUUGGUCUACUAAAAAGGCGUACGGCUCAAGAUCUGUAAUGGAUAACAAUACAUUUAUAGGAUAA